GUUUCACAGUGAAUCGUUCGUAAAUUUUUAGGAACUCUUUUCGUGAGACAGCAUUGUUAUCGGCAACAUGACUACAACGUCAAAAGUGCUUUUUGUUUUAUCCUUGAUUACUGUUACUAAGGCCAUAUUUUCCAAUUUCAGUAAUGGCGUUUGUUACAAUCCUGCCCAAGAUUUUUAUACAAUGAUGGGCUCUCGAACCCCAUAUAUUUAUGUGCAUGGUGACAUAACAACGCGUCUUCCAGGAUGUCAGCCACUGCAAAUGUGGAUGACUGCGAGACACGGAACUCGUUAUCCUGAUACCAUGACUAAAGCGCGAAUGCUCGAACUCGAAGACUUUAGGGAACAAAUAUUAACGAACCAUGAACAAGGACGUGGUCAGGUCUGUGAACAAGAUCUGCAAAGAUUGCGAUUGUGGCGUAGGGAUCCAAACUUUUACGAAGACAGAAAUGGUACUUUAGCCUUCGAAGGAAAAAAAGAACUUCAUCUGCUAGCCAGGCGACUGAAGGAAAGAUUUCCGGAAAUAUUGAAUUCUGAUGAUCAGAACAAUUACAGCUUUAUUACUACGAACAACGAAAGAGCAACUUCAAGUUUGGUCGCUUUUGCCGCUUCGCUCCUUAACGUAAACGAGUCGACGAUCAACGUAAAACACGAAGAUAUCAAAGACGCUAAAAAGUGCCCGAGGUGGUUAGCACAUUGGGAUCCCAAAGUAGUAUAUUACGAACAAAAAAAAUUCACGAACGGACCCGUAGCUCAUGAAAUGUUGCGUAAUAUUAGUGACCGACUUGGUUUCACCGAAACAAUCAGAUAUCGUGAUGCAAAAACAAUGUUUGAAGUUUGUCGUUACGAGACAGCUUUGAAUCCCCCAGAGGUACCAAACGUAGACAAUAUAAAUGCCUGGUGCCAAAUGUUCACUAAACAGGAUAUGAUAGUCUUAGAAUACGUCGGUGACUUAGAUUACUAUUAUUCUAGCGGACCGGGUAAUAAAAUGAGCAGUAAAAUCAACUGCGGACUUGUCCAAAAACUAUUCGAUAACUUCGCGCGAAUUGAAAAUGGAAAUCCAGUUCCUAGAGCUUUAUUCACGUUCGGUCACUCAACAAAUGUACAAUCUAUCAUGUCACAAUUGAGGGUUUAUGAGAGCGAACCAGCGAUAGUGGCGGACAAUUUUUACGCCAUGCAAAACAGAACCUACAGACUUUCAAAAAUGGGACCCUUCUGCGCUAAUGUUAUUGCAGUUUUCUACAAAUGCACUGAAUCGAAGUCACCAUAUAAAGUCACAUUUCACAACUCUGAAAAUGAAAUAGACGUACCAGGUUGCAACGGUAAUGUUUGUGACUGGGAAUUCUUAAAAAAAGAAUUUGGUCCAGUUCUGGAGCAAUGUAAUCCUAACUUCUGUGACAUGUCAAAAGCAGCGCAUAUCUUGAGUUACAGUGGUUUUAUCAGUUUAAUACUUUCAGUAUUCGUUACCUUCAGUAACAACAUGGUUUAUGUUAGCUAGUUAAACUGUUUUAUUUUUCUCAUACUCACACAUCGAAUCGAAUAACACUGUACAUAGAAUUGUAGAUAAGUGUGCUUUUAUUGUAAUAUAAUAGAUGUUUAAGUUAUUUGAUAGCUAAACAUGUUUUUAUUAAUAAUGUAUCUGAAUACUAUUAAAUAUAAUUUAAGAAUACAA